AUGGUGCUCGAGGUGAACAAUUAUCACGCAGAGUUGGAGAAGAGCUCGCGAGAAAAGUUGAGGCGAGCAUACAAGGAGGAUGAGUUCAAUACCAAAAAUGGAAGGCAGAGGAGACACGACCAACUCCACAGUGGAAGAUGGGCUGAAUUUCGAGAGCUGAAGCUGGUAAUACUGAACAAUCAUCACGACGCACCGACAGUAGCGCACCCAGGCAUCGAGCGAACCGCCAACGCUGUCAAGAUGCGGUUCUGGUGGGAGAGCAUGCUUGAAGACAUGAAGACGUAUGUGCGAACGUCUAAGACGUGCAUUUGGUACAAUACCUCGAGCCAGAAGAAGCAAGGAAUGAUGCAACCGAUGCGAUUCCAGAUAGGUGUUGGGAUUCGGUCAGCAUGUACUUCAUCACCGGACUGCCAGAGUCCGAGGGAUGCGAAUCGAUACUCGUAG